AGUCGCUCAUGCACCCACCUCGCUUCUACGGCCUAUAUACAUACCCUCUUACCGCAUAUCCCACAUAUUAAAACUGCAUUGGACCGGGUUCGACAAAAGCAUGUCCUCCGAAAGCGUGGCCGCCCCGGCCCCGACUCCCAAUGAAGGUACGACAGAAGAUCGCAAACCGUUCUCUGAGCUCGAGCUCUCUGAGCCGACAAUCAAAGCCCUCAGCGGAAUGGGCUUCACACACAUGACAGCGAUUCAGGAAAAGUCAAUACCGCCGCUACUGGCGGGCAAGGACGUGCUGGGUGCUGCGAGGACAGGUUCGGGGAAGACCUUGGCUUUUUUGAUUCCUGCUGUUGAGCUGCUGCACAGGAUGAAAUUCAAGCCGCGGAAUGGCACUGGUAUCGUUAUAGUCUCGCCAACCCGAGAGCUUGCUCUGCAAAUAUUCGGUGUGGCAAAAGAGCUCAUGGCUCACCACUCGCAGACCUUCGGUAUUGUAAUGGGCGGUGCAAACCGUCGAGCAGAAGCAGAUAAGCUGCAAAAGGGUGUCAAUCUAGUUGUAGCGACGCCUGGUCGUCUUCUCGAUCACCUUGAGAAUACUAAGGGAUUUGUAUUCCGGAAUCUCAAAUGCUUGGUCAUCGACGAGGCGGACCGGAUAUUGGAGGUUGGUUUUGAAGAGGAGAUGAAGAAGAUUAUUGCCAUCCUCCCGAAUGAGAAUCGCCAGUCUAUGCUCUUCUCCGCUACUCAGACAACGAAAGUUACCGACCUUGCGCGGAUAUCAUUACGCCCUGGACCUUUGUACAUUGACGUCGACAAGACCGAGAGCACAAGCACUGUCUCGACACUGUCACAAGGAUAUGUCGUCUGUCCGUCAGACCGUCGGUUCCUUCUCCUCUUCACCUUCCUGAAAAAGCACAUGAAGAAGAAGAUUGUUGUCUUCUUCUCGAGCUGCAACUCCGUAAAAUACCACGCCGAGCUGCUCAAUUACAUCGACGUCCCCACAUUGGAUCUUCAUGGUAAGCAAAAGCAGCAGAAGCGGACAAAUACCUUCUUUGAAUUCUGCAACGCCGAGUCUGGCAUUCUGCUAUGUACAGACGUCGCGGCGCGUGGUUUGGAUAUCCCCCGUGUUGAUUGGAUUAUCCAAUACGACCCGCCAGAUGACCCUCGCGACUACAUUCACCGUGUCGGCCGUACCGCUCGUGCAGGCAAGGUCGGCAAGAGUCUUAUGUUCCUACUCCCGAGCGAGCUCGGUUUCCUGCGCUUCCUGAAGGAAGCCAAGGUCCCGCUGAACGAAUUCAGCUUCCCGGCAGACAAGAUUGCAAACGUGCAGUCGCAGCUCGAGAAACUCCUGCAGAAGAACUACUUCCUGCACCAGUCCGCCAAGGACGGCUUCCGGUCGUAUCUGCAGGCGUACGCGUCGUACUCGCUCAAGAAGAUCUUCGACGUCAACCAGCUCGACCUUGCCAAGGUCGGCAAGGCGUUCGGCUUUUCGGUACCACCGCGGGUGAACGUCAACAUUGGCGGCGGCACCGGCGGUGCUGGCCGGUCGGGCAAGAAGAGGCGGAGAGAUGACGACGAUGAGGAGGAGGAGGAGGGAGAGGAGGUGUCGAGGAAGAAUGUGAGGAAGAACUCAAAAGGCAGGCGAACUGAGACACUCGGCAAGCGGGUGGUGGAGAAGGAGGUGUAUAAGAAGGGGCUUGAGCGGAAGAAGAUGAGGGCUGAUGGUGCGCAAUGGAGCCGGUAGUAUUUUCGCUGCUGUAGUUUCUGCUCUGUGGCGUAUUGCUGUGUCGAGGAGGUUUUCGCUGGUUCCAUUGCUGUAAUUUUACGUGAAAUCUUGCGUGUCG